GGAUUGAUGUCUACUGAGGUCAUGACCGGUGUUUAUUUUGAGAUUCUUCGUUACUUCUUAUGAUUUAACAGAGUAGUUCUGUUCUACAGGUAUUUCAUCUGAACUUCAUACUGAUUCCUCAUUCUAUAAUAUUUAUCCCUGAUUUUCAGAUUUGAGGAUGAAUGCCACUUGUUUUCAACUAUUUUCUAGGUUGAAAACCUCGGAACUAACAUAAUCAUGUAGAUGUAUUUGACUUUUUCAUCACAUAUACAAUAGUCUAUUUUUAAAAAAUUCAAGUCCGUAAUCGAUGUAUGUGUGUUUGGCAUUAUACAGGUUGUCUUUAACUCUCCCUUGGUGGAUAUAAUCGCUAACCAACAUAGAUUCUGUUCUUAUUUCACUUCCAAAGUAUCGGUGCCAUAGUAAUUCACCUUAAUUAUGUACUUAUUGAAAAGUCUGGGCGGUACAUUUGAUAUUUAUAACCAUAAUCCUAAAUGUAUAUGGUUUAGUGUCGAUUUCUAAGAACCCGUCCAUUAUUUUUAGUUGUCAAAAUGUGCUUUACUAAUACCAUCUUCAUAAUUUUUUCCCAGUCACUCAUAUUGAGUAAACAUUUGGUAGUGCUUGCUACUGACGCUCAGUCUAAUUACAUAAACUAAUCAUAAAUCAACCGAAAUGCAUUAAGAUUUCUCCAUUCCAUCAAUGUAGCUGAAAAUACUGUUCACUUUUAAGCCAUAGGAAAAGCGAAUUUUAUGCAUACUAAAUGGUUACUGCAUUCCAUAGUACAAUCUUUUUAUCUCUGGACAAUGCUUUGUAAUCCUUAGCGGCAAAGUACGAUUAAGUCCAACGAUAAUUUGGUCAAUCUGGCAAUAAAAUGUUCUUCAACUAGUCGUAGACACAUCGAGAGCCCUGGCCUGGCCGACCACGCUUACCGACAUUUAUCCGUCAUCUAAUUUCCUGUUGGCCAAUCGUUCUAUGUAAUGCAAUAAAACUUCAAACUUCUGAUUAGUAUUUAAUUUUUCUGUUUUAACACGUAGUAUAGUUUAACUCGUGGUUAAUAGAACAUAAAAAUCUUGUAUUAUCACUUGAUAAUUGAUCCUUCUCCAAAUUAAUUUUAGGGUAUAAUAGUCUGAGGACACUAAUGAACUCUUGAUACGAAUGAAAUAAUGAAGAAGUUUGAAUCUCACUCGUGUUUCUUCGGAUGGUGGUUUAUAUACAUCCCUCAUAUUAUAGAUAAAUAAGAUGCAAAAGAUCAAUUUAAAUUUGCAUGUUGAACUCAACGAUGAGUGAAAAGUUCUAACACCAUGGUGACCAAUGGUAAUGGGUCUUAGAAAUUGCAAAAACCAAAGGAUAAUAUAAUACAAGUGAUUAAACAUUCUUGGUUCUCAGAUGGGCUUGCUUUAAAAACUAGUUACCUAAACCAUUGUUGGGAGACAAAUUAAUCACUCAUUAUUCGUAAGCACUUUAAGUUAUGGAGUAUGGUGACUAAACUUUUACCUAUAGUUUUAGUAAUCAUCCAUUUCUCUAUAAUCCAUCCAUAGGUUACAGGAGACACUGAUAUUGUCCUUCAACAUUUGGUUGGACCUAUGGAUAUUUUAACAUAUCCUCCUUUCUUAUUUGACGACUUAAAACAUCUAUGAAGAUUUGCCAUAAAGGUUUACUUACAUUUAUAGUUUCCCCUUGACGAAAUUCUACUUUUGGUUGAUAUGUUUUAGAUAUGUCGUCUGGGGACACCAAUUCACAACAUAAAGAGAGUUUAAUGCAUGAGAUCAAUGCAUUGUUUUCUCCACCAACAAAUGAAUCAUACGGUAAAAAAGGUUCACUCGGUAUUGUAAGUUUUUUCAUAAUCUUACCUACAUAUAAAUAUUUAAUUGUUAUUAGCCUUCUUUUCGUCGCGCAAGGAAAAACAAUGAAUCAACGACGAACAGUUCAGAAACAAAUAAUUCCAGUUUAGAGCACUACCAACUACCAAUACAUCUGGAAAAAAUGAUCCAUUUUGGAGGAAACCUCGUGCUAAUUGUCAUGAAUACUGUGAUAGUUGUGGUUGUAUUGAAGGCGAAAGACUUGUCUGCGAUCGAUGUCCAGCCAGCUUUCACCUUGAAUGUCUUGACCCACCAUUAGAUCCGGAUGAAGCACCUGUUGGUGUCUGGUUUUGUCAUCGAUGUUCAAUGGUGUUGAAAGAUGAAGAAGAUAAAACUUCAACAUCAAGUAGUCAAACAACUAUAGCUACAGAUACAGGUUCUUCACGUUCUGGUAAAAGUGGACAAAAACGCCAAGAUCAAGCAUCAUCAUCAUCAGUUGGAACUACAACAGCAGCAACAGUUGGACUAUCAGCUUCCACUUCUACAUCUUCCAUUAGUAAUAACAAUAAUAAUAGUCAUUCUCACCAACAAAAUUCAUUACAACAAUUUAUCCAAUCACAAACUAGCAAACGUCAUUAUACAUUCCGUUCGACAUUUAACGAACAAUAUUGUUUAGAUAUGAAUAAAUUAUCGAGUAGUCGUUCCAGUACUUGGGGUGAUUCAGCGUAUGUUGCUGAUAUUGAAGAAUCUGAGCUAAGAGCAUUAUGGAAAGUAAUUGAAUAUGCGAAAUAUCAAAAUCCAAAAGAAUAUGAUCUACCGAAAGACUUAUUACCUGGUGUUAAGCUUCCUGGUUCAUAUAAAACACCAACAGAACGGAAAAAUAAAAGUAUCAUCGAAUUAGAGAAUGGUCUUAUUCCACAACCUGUAAGACGUUGUUAUGUAUGUGUUCGAACAUGUUUCUAUGCACCUUUGUUACCAUGUGAUUAUUGUUCAUCAUGCUUUCAUUUAGAAUGUUUAAAUCCACCAUUAUCUCAUUUUCCACCACGUUCUGAUCGAUGGAUGUGUCCAAAUCAUACAGAACAUACAACUGAACGUUAUUUAACUCGUUCAAUACGAUUAACUGAACGUAUGCAAAUUUGGACUAAAUUAUAUUCAUCAUUAAAUAAUGAAAAUAAUCAUUAUGAACAAUCUAUUGAUAAAACUGAUGAAAUGACAAAAAUACUUGAACAUAUACCUCCAUAUGAAUUAACUUAUACACCAGAUGAAGAAAGUUCUAUACUUUCUGAUUAA